AAUGCCUCGGGGCUGAAUAGCUGAGGAGAAGUUGCAGGGUGAUGGAUGGCCAGAGGAGUGCUGAAACCUGAGGACUUUACCAUGCCAUGUCCCCCAGCCCAGAGUUAAACUCCCCUGGGUACUAAUGGAAGCAUGUAAACAAAAAACAAAGAUGAAGCGCUCAGGCAGCUAAUUUCUGGAGCUGUAGAGGAUUUGAAUGGAAAGCCGUUAACAAGGAAAUGGGGUCCUUCUUCAUCGUGUCUCAUCUCCGUGUUUAUGUUGUCGCGACGUCCUCCAGUACAGGAAAGUGAAGAAUAAGCUGUUACAUCGCCGUCUGUUUGAGACAGGCUGUUAACCUGCCUGUGAGUCUGGGUAUCCUCCAGCUUGUGGUAUGUGCUUUGCCAAGCUCUUAUCAGGGACUGAUGAAAGUGUGUUUCAGGACCUCUUCAAAGUUGAUGGCAGGCUCCUGACGCUGCCGGGAAACCCACCAGCAGUUGUAUCAGGCCCAGCGACCAGCGGCACAUCGAGUAGACUCUCAUCUGCAAAAAGCCCAUUGCCUCCCCUGCCAUGGCAACACAAGAUGAUUUCGCAGCAGGUAAAGGGCUGCAGCAGACUGGAGACUUCUUCAUCCAGGGCUUGUUGCAAUCCCGUUCCUGCAGCCUUUGCCUGGAAGAUGUUCGCCUACAGCGGCCGUGCAAGUCCCCAGGAAUGCUGCUCGGCUCAGGGAGGCAGAGCGUGUACAAAAGCUGCAUUCAAAGCGCCGAUCACGAGACCCUGGAGAUGCUGGUUCAAACCCAGAUACAUGGCUCUGCGAGGCGGAAGCAUUGAUUCGAACCUGCAGUUUUGUGGCAGCAGCUGGAUUGCUGAAGAAGCUUCUUUUCAGUCCAUAUUAACAACCCAGAUGAAGAAGCAGCCUAGUUUAUGGGAUGGGGAUGGAGUUGGGAAAUCUCUGCACCCAAGGGCCAUCUCUCCUCUGGCUGGCUGGUUCAGCAAGGCUAGUGUGCACGACCUCAGCGCUGGGGCUGGAGGUUCUCUCUCCCACCUUUCUCACCAAGCCUUGACCCAGCAACCCCGAGAGAGGGAUGUGAGCAGUGCUGCCCUGGAAACCAUUCAGAUAAAGGACAAGCUGAAGACGAGGAUGAUGUCUGAGGACCUGUUAGCCUCACAGAGAGGCCUGACUGACUGCAGUGACCCUAAGGGGGUUACCCUGAAUCCAGUAGUUUCUAGGUCAGCUUCCCAGAGGCUCCUGGUAACCUCCAAGCCCAUGUCUCCCAUCCAGAACAGCCUUCCUUUCUCAGAGCCCAGCAGGAUGAGCAACGGAGAGCAGGAGCAUGGGGAAAACGACACAGGCUGUGAUGACAGUGAUGAGAAUAACAAGGAGCUGAUGUCAGAGGGAAAAGGAUAUAAAGCUUCCCUGCUGCCCUUCCAUUGCAGUGGUGGAGAUGGGAAGAAGUCACUGAGAGUGGAUUUGAUUCCCCCUAUCCCCAAAUCAGCAAGAACAUCUGAAGGGGCUCCUGGCAGCGCUGCAGUGCCUCUCCCAAGCUCUCAGGACCUGGUUUUCCAAGAGGGUCUGGAGAUGAGGCCAAGAUCAGGCAGCAGCAGUGAAGAGAAGACCCUUGAAACUCUAGAGCUCCAGACUCUGGAACCCGUCUUGCCUGUUCUCCAGCAUCAACCUGUUGGUGGCAUGAAGUCUCCCAGACAUUUAUGUGAACCCGUGCCCCCGUUAACUGGCCUCCCACUCAGCCAGGCCGAGAAGAUGGAUCAUCUCAUGAGCUCUCCCCUUCUGAGUGACGAUGACUUGAAGGACAGCAAUGGAAGGAUUCAUGUUACCUUGUCCAAGUCAGCUCAGAAGAAAAUACACCAGAAGCGAAUGAGACAGCUGGAGCUAUUGCGUAGAGAGAAGGAGAAAGAGAGAGAAAAGGAAAAGUCCUUGCAACUCCCUGCACAGAGUGUUGACCCUGGGGAUGCAGCCGAAGAAACCUCUGCAGGCUUUGGCCGACCGCCUGUCAAUGGGACAGAUUUCAUUUCCCCCCGCAUGAGCAAUGCACGCAGAGCGCGCGCUGGUACUGCCUUGAGGAAGCGGGUCAACAGGCCCUCACUGCCCAGCAUCCCUGUCAUCAGUGAGCAUGGCAGCUUCCCACGCAACUCCUCAGCGAACUCGCUGCCAGCCAUUGCUCUGGACUUCCUGGAGGGGGAAGAGGAGCCAGAGGGUAGGAUCGCCCAGGAAGCCAGACCCUUCCCUCACCCACAGCAGGGGCUGCUCGAUACGCUCACAUGGCUCAGCAGUGAUGACUGGGAGCAGAAGGCGAAGGGACUCUUCAGUGUCAGACGCCUGGCUAUCUGCCACUCAGAAGUCCUUCUCUGUAGACUUCAUGAUGUUUCCUUGGCAGUUACCAAGGAGGUGAACAACCUCCGCUCAAAGGUGUCUCGCUUUGCAAUCAGCACUCUUGGAGAGCUCUUCAGGACCGUGACAAAACACAUGGACCACGAGGUGGAUGAGGUUGCUCGGGUCUUGCUCCAGAGGAUGGGGGAUUCCAGCGAGUUCAUUCAGAAAGCAGCCGAUCGAUCCCUGGGGAUCAUGGUGGGGACUGUGACUCCUGCACGAGCAAUGACUGCUUUCAUGGCUAUUGGAGUCCAGCACCGCAACGUCCUGGUGCGAAAGUGUGCGGCCAAACACCUACUGACUGCGAUGGAGCGAAUCGGAGCUGAGAAGCUCCUGUCGGGCGCGCAUGCCAGUACUGAGAUACUGGUGCGCACGGUGGUGAAGCUUGCACAGGACUGUCAUCCAGACACAAGGUGUUAUGGACGGAAGAUGCUGAAUAUAUUGAUGAGUCAUCGAAAAUUUGAUAGGUAUUUGAAACAGUCUGUCCCCUCACGUGACUUGGAAGAUGUUAUGGCAACACUUAAGCAGAAAGGGAUAGAAGAUCAUAAAUGUGAAUGUCCACCUGUCAAGGACACCAGGAAGUCUAGGAACCGUGGCUUGAAGAUGUCCCAGGACAACUUGCCUUCUGAUGGAGGCUUGAGGUCUGGCUCUGACGUACACGUCUUACCCCGUCAGACAGUCCAUCGAACAUCACUUCGGACCGUGGAAGAAACUGAACAGCUCAAGGAGCUUUACAGGCUCCUGACAGCCACGGAGUUUCAGACACGAAUGGAGGGAGUGGAGCUUCUCCUAGAUCACUGCAAAAGCAGCCCCCAGCUCAUCUCUACUAACAUUGUCCAGAUUUUUGAUAUUUUUGUCCUGAGACUUCAGGAUUGCAACAAGAAAGUGAACCAGCAGGCGCUGGAGGUGCUGGCUUUGAUGACACCCAUACUCAAAUAUGCCUUACACCCAGUGCUGGUCUCUCUGGUAGCAGCAGUCACUGACAACCUGAACUCAAAACGCUCGGGGAUUUAUGCUGCAGCUGUGGAAGUGCUGGAAGCAUCCAUUGCUCACCUAGAUAACACAUUGCUGCUGCAAGCCUUGGCCCAGCGAGUGCGUUUCCUCAGUGGCCAAGCUAUGCUGGAUGUCACAGAAUAUCUCUCAGUGCUUGUGGAAUCUGUUUAUCCUCAGAAACCCCAAGUUGUCAAGCGCUACACCCUGCCCGCGCUCUGGUUCUUCCUGGAAAACAGGGUCCUGCCUACCCGAAGCAGUAAAGUCAGGGCUGUGGUCGCCAAGCUUGCAAAUAGCCUCUACCAAGUGAUGGGCUCCAGGCUGAAGGAGCAUGCUGCCAAGCAGCCUCCGUGUGUGGCGAAAAACCUCUGCGACAUUUUGGACCUGAAUGUUGAGUGAAGGCUUGGUGUGCUCCAGGAAGCUGAUGGAGAGGUUCUGAGUGGGAUAAGUGGAGGCAAAGGUGGAUGUGGCGGUGGCAUUGGUUUUAUUCUGUGUGUUUGAAGAACAGGAUUUACCCUACAGAGCUUACGGUUACAUAUGUACAUUAUAUAUUAUGAUGUAGGGUUUUAAAAACUAAUAAAAAAUAAAAGGAAGUAAUUCUCCAAAUUUUAUAUCUUGAGCUUGUGUUCCUUAAGAUGCUUGCAUAGAUACCGAAAAAAUAAAAACCUGUGUGUAAAUGCAAUUUGUAACUGUAAAAAGCAAAAUAAUAUAUUUAUAUACAUACUUAAAAAGUAAGAGAUGUGCAUAUAUAUAUAUUUACUUACAAAGUAAGAGAUGGGCUUUGGAAGCAUUGGCGUUAUAGGAUUAGAUGGCUUGAUUUGGGAAGCAGACAAUGAGAGACCAGGACCUGCUAGCCCAGAGGAUAUGCCAUGGGGUUAUCGGAGGAUGUGCAUCUCACUGUAUGUGCCAGUGUAUGUCAUACGUGCCAAGCUACUGGGUGGCCCCUUUACAAGCCUCUGGUAGCUGCUGGUGCAGUGGCAGAUACCUGAGAUGUCCACGUCAAGCUCAGACCCCCUGACCCAUGACAGCAGAGAUCUCCCCAGCUGCACUGAAAUCUUCUUCCCAUUUCAGGGGAUGCAUCUUGUCUGUAGUCCCCCGUGCAAUGGACUGUUGUGGUGAGGUGACCGGUGCCAUCCGACUGCCUCCCAGCACCUUGGGGCACGCCUGAGGAGGUGCAGGAGAGGGGCUCGGGGCAGGGGCCUGUGCCACCUUGCAGGGGGUGCUGGGUGGAACAUGGAGUGCUGGGCAGUGAGUGCGCUAAGGGUGUCCUACAGAAGCUGGGGAGAGCUAAGCUGUGGGCAGGCAUUGUGGGACAAGGUAUAGUUUUUAAAAAUAUAUAUAUUUUUAAAAUGUCUUUUUUUCUGUCUUUUGAGAAGUGAAGGGUUUGCCUUAUAUGCGGAGCAAUAAAGCACUUCUGAACCUGAGCUUCAGGAAACAGAGUGAGGAAGGGAUGUGCCAGUCCUUCACCACAGAAAGGUUUGGAAGCACAAGGGGAGAAAUGAUGAGAGAAGAGAGGAAGGGCUGAAAGCAGCAGAUGUUGGUGCAUCUGUAUAGUCAGAUAUGAAAACAGAGCAGCCUGAUCUAUGUUCAUAUAGUCCUCAAUAUACUGGCAGAGUUUUGAAAGAAAGAAAAAUGGAAGUUUUGGGGAGAAAAAAAAUAGGACAGUAAUGGCAUGAAACACACUGGGCCCAUGGAAGGUUAAAAGAGCCUUGACAGGUUCUUGACAGGUACAAGGACCUUGUACGAAGCUGGGUGGCCAAAGAGUAGUCCAGGGAGAUCUGCCCAUCCCAGGGGUCUUGGGGUCUUACAUUUAUUUGCUGCAUUGUUUGGUAUGUCUAAAUCUAUACAGGAUUCCAACUUGCCAGAUACUAUUGUUGCCUUGGGUCACCUCUUAAGGAAUCUCUUUUUCUUCUUAGUACAGUACUAAAGCGGCAAAGUUAUUUAGUAGACUCUUCUAAAAUGUUUUUUUUUGCUACUGCUUUUUGCUUUUAACUCCCAACUUUUAGUAGCAGGGAGCACUCAGGAACUCAUCUCUGAAAUCUUGGCAUGUGACCUAGCCUGGGGACCUGGCUCUGAAACACUGGCGUCUCUGGGGAUCCUGGAGAGCCUGCUGGAAGCCAUAGUCCUUGCAGAUCUGCUAGAACAUUUUGGAGUUUAGCAUCUUGAGAAAUUUUUCUAACAGCUUACCAGAAGCUUGGUAGCAUGCACUUGUUUUGCAGGCGUGACAGGGCUCCGCAGAUUAUAUGUGUGCACCCAAUGCUAAGGGUGAAACACUGGAGAGUGUUAGAGGGUGGAUGAGUUUAAAUAGCAGACCUUGAACUAUGUUGUGUAAUUAAGCACCUGCAGUUUGCUACUGCCCGAGAUCUAUUUUAACAGGCAAUUUAUUUUUUUUUUUUUAGCGGUUGGCAUCUCUAGAGGGCCUCCUGGUUUUGCUUCCUCUACCUCAAUAGUUGUUCUUGCUGUUUCCUUCCUCUGCAGAUCUCUCACUCAGGAGCCCCAUAAAUGCUGCUCUGCCCAGGCUGCUUUUGCUGGGCUGAGUAAAAGCUCUUUGGUUUUACUUUCUUUUCGGCUGUGCUUGGGCUCUUGAGAAUGUGGGGGGAAGUUUCUGCACUUGGGAGGAAAAAAGCUUUUGUGCAUGUCAUAUGAGGCCUCCCAGAGCCUGUUUUUUAUGCAUUUAGUUAUAGCACUUGAAAAAGUAGGUUUGAAAAGUUACCCAUGUAACUGGUUUCUUAACUCUGUUGGCCUCAAGUGGUGCUUUCAUGCAUACUGUUCCCCACAGUCAAUGAGAAUAAAGUAUUGCCUGCCACUACCUA